AUGGGUCUCUUCUCCAAGAAGCCAAAGGCGCCCAAGGUGGUGGGCAAGGAAUUCCCAGGCGAUUCAAACUCGACCACAAGCUUUCAGUCAGACCAUGAGACGCUCAAGUCACCCAUCAGCUCAAAUGGACGCUCGUUCAACCGGGCAUCAGCAACGGGCGCCAGUAUCCCCACGACGCCUCUGACGCCCUUUUCGCCAAAGGUGGAUAUGCCAAAGCCACCGGACCCGAAUCUCGACCCGGCCGCAUACUUGCAAAGUCUGGGCGCAGUCCGAGAAAGAUCAAAGAUUGUCGCCGAAAAGGCAAUGACCAAUACCUUGAACCAUUUUGAUGUGGACAUGUCCAAGUUUUCCGACGUCAUCAGCUUUGUCUGUGGAAUCAUCAAGAGAGACUACGAUGCGCCCUUCAACUCGAUUCCCCCUCACGGUCGAUACCAACACUUUUGUGUCGGCGGCCGCGAUAGGAUAGCCAAUCUCCUUUCAACAUUUGUUGGCAUUGACGAAAGUGAAAAGUGCCGACGCCUGAUUGACCUUUUCCUCAUCAGCGUACUUCUUGACGCUGGUGCUGGAACAUCAUGGACUUUCAAGAGCGCCGAGAAUGGCAGGAUAUAUCGACGAUCAGAAGGUCUGGCGAUUGCCAGUCUCGAGAUGUUCAAGUCGGGCCUCUUUUCUGGCGACCCGAACAACAAAUUCCAGGUCGACAAGAAUGGUCUUCGUAGGUUGACCGUGGAAGCGCUGGCUAAAGGCGUGCAAUCCCGCCCUGGAAACGAGCUGGCUGGCUUGGAAGGACGGGCAGAGAUGCUCAUCAAGCUCGGCGACGCCUUGGACCAGAAGCGAGAGUUCUUUGGAGAGAGCGGGAGGCCCGGAUACAUGCUUGAUUACCUCUUGUCGCAUCCCACGACGCAGGCAUCUUCCAUGCCCAUUGUUGUGCUCCCUGUCCUUUGGAACGUUCUGAUUACUGGUCUUGCUCCGAUCUGGCCAGCGUCUCGGACGGCUAUCGACGGAGUAUCCCUGGGAGAUGCAUGGCCCUGCUCGUCCAUGCCUCAGGCUGUGUCGUCGCCAUCAUCACCAAGCUUCUCGGCCUUCCCCAAGUCUCAACCUCCGACUGCCGCCUGGGAAUCUAUUCUGCCAUUCCACAAGUUGACGCAAUGGCUUACGUACUCACUCAUGCAGCCAAUGCAGUCUUUGCUGAAGAUACACUUUGCCGGUGCCGAGAUGCUGACAGGCCUACCCGAGUACCGCAACGGUGGGCUCUUUAUUGACCUGGGUGUCCUGAUUCUGAAAAAGGAUGACAUGGAGCGUGGACUACAGAACUAUGCAGACUACUGUCGGCGCAAGAACGUCAAGGCCGUCGAAGUAGCGCCCAUGUUUGAGCCGGGCGACGACGUCAUUGUAGAAUGGCGCGGUGUGACAAUUGGUCUGCUGGAUCGACUUUUGCCUGAGGUGAACAGAUCGCUCACAAGGGAGCUGAAUGGCUCUGAGCUUACAUUACCCCAGCUUUUGGAAGCUGGUAGUUGGAAGGGCGGUCGAGAAAUUGCUGAAGUCAGUAGGCCCAAUACCAAGGAGCCCCCAAUUCUGAUAGAUUCGGAUGGUACUGUAUUUUAA